AUGAAGGAGAUACAGAUCUCGAAGACAGUGAUUCUGAUAAAGAUGAAGAUCAUUUUGUUGAGGCAUAUGAAUCAAAAAUAUCAAAAAAUGCUUAAUAGUUUUGAGAGGAUGAAAGAAAAGCUGAAUUCAAAGCUUAAUGAUGCGAUGACAAAGUUCCCUGAAAAGGAAAGUUUUAGAAUUUUCAAAGAAAAGAUGACAAAUAUGAUUGUUGAAGAAAAAACUGAAAGCACAACACUUUUUAAUUUUCCAAGUAAUGAAACUGGAGUUGAAGGAAUCAAUUUGACACCAAUAAUGGGUCAAAAAACAAAUGAUCAAAAAGAAAAUGAAGAUAAAGAGGGAAAUGGUGAAGAAGUCAGUGAUAAUGAUGCAAGUCAACCAAAAGUAGAUUAUUUGCUUGAUUCAAAUGAAGCAGAGAAUGAAGGAAUAAAGAAUGAUGCAGAUAAGAAUAAAAAAGAAGGUGAAAUUGGAGUAAAAGAGAAAGAUGGAAAGAGGAAUGAAAAUGAGAAUGAUGAAGAGGAAAAAGAUGAUCAUGCUGAGGAAACAAAUAAUCAUGAAGAGACUAUUCAACAAACUGAAAAUGAAAAUUUGUUGGAUAAAGUUGUUGACAACAUUGUGGACAAUGUCCUUGGAAUUGGAAUUUCAAGUUUAAAUAGUCAAGAAGAUGAAAUCUGGAAUCACCCUGAAAUGAAAACUAUUUUCGAUAAUAUUGAUAUAGGGUCACCAAUGAGUACAGGUAAAACUAAUACCCUUGCAGAAAAGGAAAAAUCAGAAGGUGUACAUGAACAAGGAACAAAAGUUGAAAAAACAAAGGGAGAUGAUACAGGUAAAUGA